AUGGCACAACCUCGUAUCUCAGCCUACCUCCCCCCUGAUAUAGACCCCACCAAAGCUGCUCUGGCCUUUGGGAGGAGGGCCCUUCCUAAGCUGAAUGAGGAGCUGCAGUCUCCCGAGCUGCUGACACAGCAGCGGGCACUGGUGGCUCUCUGCGAUCUGGUCCACGAUCCAGAAAAAGUCUACCAGGCUAUAGCAUUAGGAUUCUUGGAUAGCCUGAAGGCUUUGCUGGUGCAUCAAGACCAAACGGUCCGGCAGAAAACAACAGAAGUUCUCUCUAUAAUGGCUUUGCACAGUAUUGGCAGGGAGGGGCUAAUACGAAGUGGAGUCAUUUCUGCCCUCACUGGGCUCCUGGAUGAUCCAGUAGAUAUCUGUCGGAAGAACACCCAUCAGAUUUUUGACAUGCUGGCAAAAUUACCUGAAGGGGCUGGUGGUGUUCUGCAGGCUGGUUUGAUUCCCCCCCUGGUCCUGAAGUUGAAGACAGAGUUGGAUGAGAUCCAGGAGCUGAUCCUUGGUACACUCUCCAACUGCCUCCGUGUGGAGGUUUCUGAAGCCCUGGCAGCUGGUGCUGUUGCUGUGCUGAAGGAAAAGCUCUCACACCCAUCCACAGCCAUCAGGAGCAAAGCAGCCUGGGUCCUCUUAGAAAUCAGCUCUCAUGCCGAGGGGAAAAUCGCCGUGUGCGAGGAGGAGGUGAUUCCUGUGCUGCUGAGCCUGCUGGAGGAGGCGCAGCCCGAAGUCCAAGUGAACUCUACGGGAGCGCUGAUGUUUGCUCUUGUUACACCUCAGGGGAGAUCCUCAGCCAUGGGUGCUGCAGCCAUUCCACCUUUACUGACGCUGGUUGCUGAGGAAACCAGCAAAGCGCGUUUGAAUGCAAUCAAAGCCCUCACCCUGCUGGCUGAGCUGCCAGAGGGCCGCCAGACUCUGCUGGAGCACAGGGACACCUUUCAGCGGUGUCUGGAUGAUCCCAGCGAGGCCGUGCAAAGAGCUGCCGAAAUCGCCAUCACCGUGAUCGACUGGAAACCCUUCUGCAGCCGCGAUCUUUUCUAG